GUUGCCAUUGGUGUUGUUGUUGGUUGCUGCCGUCUCCGCUGCUACUGCUGUUAGUGUUUUGUAUACACCGUUGGUUUUGCUUGCUUGCUGCUCUCUUCUGUGUGCCUCUUUUUUGAUAAUUUGAACAUUUUAUUUCUGCUCUACACCUCGUAGUUUCAGUUCAUUUUUGACAUCGAACAGAUAAACGUUUUCGAUAUUGUGGGUGCCCGUUGUCGAACAAUUUGUUAUUUUAUACACAUUUUUCUGCUGUCAUAUCGUGUAUGCUGACUGGACGUAUAUGGUGUGUGUAUUUGCGAUAUAAUUUUUGUGAACUGACAUUGUAACAUUGUGGUGAAUUAUUUAAUUUUUGAACAAUUUUUUUUUCUACUUCAAACAAUUAUAUAUUUUUUUCUUCGUUUCGAGUUGUUUCAAACAAAUUUUUUGACGUUAAUGUGUUUUGGUCGAUUUUUAAAUUGUUUUCCGCCAAUCGAUUGAUUACAAUACAUACGAAUCACUUAUCACAUUUUUUUUCCCUGUAUUUCUCUCCCGUACUCGCAAUCAAAACAGAGAAUAUGAAAAUUUGAAGAGAGAAAAAAAAACGGUGAAAUUAUUUCAGAACAAUGUACAUUAGAUACAGUCUAAUAAAACGACAAACAAAUAUUUGCAUUCAGACGAUUUUGGUGUGUUCAAAUCAAUGUUUUCGCUUCAAUGUUUGAAUUUGGAAGAUUUAUACCACACAAACAUACGGUAGAGAAGUGACGGUUGAGUAGUUAAUUGAAAAUUAGAGAAGCAAAACGAAGAACGAGAGAGAAGAAGAAAAAAAUACAGCAAGGAAAACAAAGUACAUGCGAAACAAAUGAUUUUACAAGGGAUGAAUAACAUGUGAGAGUGAAGUAUAAACGAGUUGUUCCUGGUGAUAAUUUACAAAAAACAUAAAAAAAAACACAUCAACGAACGUAGAAAAAUUUAAUUCAAGAGAUAGAAAGAAAGAAGAAACAAGAAGUUUUGUAUAAUAAAAUUCAAUCGUUCAUCAAUAGAUUCUGAAUAAUAAAAUACGAAGACAAGUAAAAAACAUAUGAGCAGAAAACAGUUUAGUCUAUCCGCUUGGUAACUUUUUAUGAAUGAGGAAAAAAAUAAGAGUUAAUUAAUAACAUGAAAAAAUGAAAACAAAAAGAAACACACACACACACAUAUAUAACUUAUGAACUAUGAAGAACUUUCGCAAAGCGCGCUAUUUGUGAACGAAACAUAUAUAAAUUUGUUCGGUGUUGAAAGAAAAACAGAGUGAGAACAAGAGAAAACGAGAAAGAAAGAAAGAAAAAAACAUAAAAAAUUACCCGCUGCUUAUUGUGUUUGUUUUGUAAACGAAAUAUUUUUUAUACGAACAACAAUUGUCAAUACUGAUAUAUCUUGCGAAGGAACUAUCUACCAGACACAGACAAAAGGCAAAUCUUUAUUGCAAAUAAUAACUUCAAUCAGUUGGUGACACUUUUUUGCGGCUUUUAACGGAUAAUCUAACAAUGUGUUUUGGAUUGAUCGCGGAAUGAAAGUCCGAGCUUGGUUCAUUCGUCAAUCGCUCAAGCGUCUCCAAUGUCUGCAGUUGUUUGUCAGGAGCUGCACUGCAACAAAAACAACAACAACAAUCACGACAACCAGUCAAGUCAAUCAAAUCACAUACAUUCCCGAACGCCUCAACAAACGGCCCUGAGUAAAGUUUCCCAGAAAUUGAAUUCCACCAAUUGAAGUUACGUGAACGGGAAGAAAAGAAAGAAAGAAAAGACAAAGGUAGAGAGAUAGAAAAUUAUGCAAACCAAUUGAAUCCAACUUUGGCCUGAAUUUAUAUAAAUUCGCAAAUGCAUCACUUUGACCAAAAUUACCAGUACGAACAGGAACAGCAACAAUCACGUUUUUAUCAGCAGCCACCGCAUCAACAAAAUCAACAGCACCAACACCCGAAAAGUUCCGAAGUACAAAAUUCUAGCUCCAAUUUGAACUUUAGUGUAAAUAAUAACCAUGUGCAAAGUAAUUUAAAUAUGGUUGCUGUAACAGGAAGUCAACAAAACAUGGAUAUGUGUUUCAAUUCACAGCUAGGCAAUAUGAAUAUGCAAAAUCAAAACAAUCAUUCGUUCAUGAAUAACGGCAAGAAUAAUGCCAAUAUGGUCCAAAUGAAUAAUAUGGCGCCGCUGAACGGAAUGAAUUAUAACAAUGUAUCACGGCAGUAUCUAAAUGCACAGAAUCAACAGAUGCACCCCAUGAAUCAAAUGACCAAUACAAAUAUGGGCAUGAAUACAAUGAAUGCAAUAGCACAAUUGAAUCAAAUGAGUGAGAUGCAACAAACAAAUAAUCCAAUGGCAAAGAUGCAAGGAAUGGCUAAUGGAUACCCAACACGAAGAAUGUCACCGUAUCCAACAUCACAAAUGCAUGUGGCACAAAAGCGAGGUAUGUACCCAAUGAAUCAUCACCAUCAAAUGGCACCAGCACAGAACAUGGGACCGAAUCAAAUGUACCAACAACAUCAGCAACAAAACUAUGGCCCAGUUCCAUCUCCAAUGCAUCAGAAUUAUAUACGGCCCAGUGCGAAUGCUAUGGCCGCCAACAAUUCAUAUCUGCGUGUUCCAAGUUCGGGAAUGAUGCCACAACAAAGACCUGCUCCACAAUACAAUAUGAACCAGGGCAAUUCACCAGCGGCAGCCGCUGCAGCGGCGGCGGCCGCAGCAGCAGCAGCAGGAGGCAUGAUGACGAACAAUCAUCAAACACAAUACUAUAAUCAUCCCGUUCCAAACGCCAACAUGAAUAAUAUGAAUAAUAUGAACAACAUGAACAAUAUGAAUCAAGCCGGCUAUCAAAACAUUCAGGGUUUCCAACAAGACGUACGAUUAAACUAUCAACACAGUCCAGUACCUGGAAAUCCAACGCCACCAUUAACACCUUCAAUAAGCAAUACAACAUCGUUGACUCCAUACGUUAGUCCAAAUCCAGAUAUCAAACCACAUCCUAUGCAGAAAGACGAUGAAUUGCGACUUACCUUCCCCGUACGUGAUGGCAUUAUUUUGCCACCAUUUCGAUUGGAGCACAAUUUGUCCGUCAGUAAUCAUGUGUUCCAAUUGAAGCCCAUAGUAUACAAUACAUUGAUGAACAGAUCGGAUCUAGAGGUGCAGUUGAAGUGUUUCCACCAUGAGGAUCGUCAAAUGAACACAAAUUGGCCAGCCAGCGUUCAAGUGUCAGCGAAUGCAACGCCGUUGGUGAUUGACCGCGGCGACAAUAAAAGUUCACAUCGACCACUUUAUUUGAAGCGUGUUUGUCAACCCGGCCGAAACACCAUUCAGAUUACAGUUAGCGCGUGCUGUUGCUCUCAUUUGUUUGUGUUACAACUAGUUCACCGACCAACAAUUCGGCAUGCGCUGCAAGGUCUAUUACGUCGUAGUUUAGUGUCUGUCGACACAUGUGUGGCCAAAAUCAAACGAAAUUUCAAUUCUAGUCAAACACUAACUAGUGAAAAUAAGGAUUCAACAACAGAUCAAGCAUCGCUUAAGGUUUCGUUAAUAUGUCCCAUAACGUUCAAACGGAUAACACUACCGGCACGAGGUCACGAAUGCAAGCACAUUCAGUGUUUUGAUUUGGAAUCCUAUUUACAUCUGAACCGUGAGCGUGGCAGUUGGCGGUGUCCCGUGUGCAAUAAGCCGGCGUUAACCGAAGGACUUGAAAUCGAUCAAUACAUUUGGGCAAUAUUGAAUACAUUGAGCUCAACGCCAAUCGAAGAAGUCACCAUCGAUUCGGAUGCCAAUUGGAAAUCAGUGCAUGGACUUGGUGCAGCUAAUAUUAAGACGGAGGACGAUAGCGAAACAAAGCGGCUGUCAAGUAAUGUGGUAUCGCCUGGCUCAACACAAAUACCAACCUGGGAUAACUCACAAGCAAUGAGUCCUUACAUGAGCCCGGACAUGAAUUCAAUUGCAAGCGGCAGCAUGAUAGGACAAAACAAUCGGAAUUAUGACAACGGUUCAGCAUCUGGCACAAGUGUGGCACCGACGGGAGACUAUAGUCAUGGAAAUCCAUUAGCACAUUUAAGUGAAUCUGUGAACGCUAUUGAUCCAUUGAAUGCCAUGGAAAAAACAAUAAACGAGAUGCCACACACACCGCAUACACCUGGAGGAGCAGCGGCCACACAUCCAUUGACACCAGGUGGACCUCCAAGCGUUUCAUCCAUCUACAAUGAAACCAAUAAUAACAGCAACAUGAAUGCGAACCAUUCGUCGCCGGCCCAAAAUCAAUCCCCGCAACACAAAAGCAAUAUGAAUAAUCAAAACUUAAUGGAUAAUUUAUCGUCAAAUUCGCUCGCUAAUUCCCGUAACACCGGCAGCUUGGUCAAUCUGUCAGUCGAUCUAAAUUCUGAUCUCAAUUUUGAUCCAGCUGCUGUUAUUGACGGUAACAGUACAAACGAUUUGAAUCUACUUCCAGACAGUGUUGUAGAUCCCAUCGAACUUUUAUCAUAUUUGGAUCAACCCAAUUUGAACUUACACACGCCACCAAGCAGCGGCUCUAGCAAUAACCCAAACAACGAUGACAUUUUGGCCGCCCUCUUCGAUUAAACUAUUAAUUAGUUCGAUUGUUCGAUUCACAUGAAUCACACGGCAUCACAUCGAAAUAGGCCAAGUCAAAACAAAACAACAGCAACAAGAACAACAUCAAAAUAUACAUUUACAAAAAAAAAAUACCAUCAACAAAAAUGCAUCAUAAGUGACAUGGAUAGGGAAAAUGUUUCAUUUUCGCUUUUUUCAACAAAACUAAAAUUGAUUGUAGGAAUUCCAAUUUCACACAAAAAAAAACGACCGGAAAAAAGAAAAAGAAGAAAAAAAAAAUACACAAUUUUUUUUAUGGGAAUGUAAUAUUUUCAAGACAUUUUACACCCAAAUGACUAAAAACUAAACUGAACAAAAAAGAACACUAAAUAAAUGAAUUAAAACGAAAAUGAAGAGAAAACUUCGAAUAAGAAGAGAAGAAUUGUUGAGAAUACAAAUUUGAUGAAUUUAAUUUGGUCUUCUUACGUAUUGUAAUGCUAUUUUAAUUCAUGUAUUGAAUAAGAAGGCAUGUAAUGGACUGCGGAACAUGUUUAAUUUAUUUCUAUAGAUUAUACCGAAACCGGUCUGUUUAUUUUAUUGUAUAUCAAUUCCACCCCAUCCCACACUCCUUUUAUCACUCCCAACCUUCCAACAACACAAACAAACCCAAUUGACAUUUAAUUUAUCUGUUGCAAAAACUACGUUGAUAUCGAUUGUGCAGCUAGCGGCAGUCUUUAGAGAUGAUGAACAAAGAAACUAAGGACACCGAAAAUUGUUUAUGUUGGUCAUCCAAGAAGAAAAGAGGGAAGAAAAUAAAAAGGAGAAAGAGGAAAAUGAAGAAAAAAAAGGAAGUUUAAGUCGUAACGCUAAUUUAAGAUUAUUGAUAACGAGUAAAAAAUUGAAAUAAAACAAAACAAACACACACACACACACACACAAAAUUAGAUUAAAAAUAACUAAAAUUUCAAAGGAUUUAAACUUAUGUGUGAUACGGCUUGUUAAUAAAUACAAAUUUUAUGAUUUAUUUAUAUAUCAGGCUACAAACAAAAGUACGCUUCAAUGGCGUAUGAAUAAAGUAUAAUCAAUUAAUUUAAAAUGAAAAUAAAACAAAAACAUAAUAAUAAAAUUACAACAAAAACAACAACAGUAAGCAUUCAGUAAAAGUUUCAUUGAACAAAAUUCGAGUAAGAAAAUGGUAUAGACGAAGAACAAACUGAGGAACACUCACAAAAAUGCAAAGUGACUAAAAUAACAAUGGAAAGAAAGAAGAACCAUGAAGGAGGCAAGAAGAAGGGAAAAAACUAAACAAACAAACACAAAAAGUCUCUGUUAUGAACUGGUACAACACAGAACUAUUAUUGAAAUGGAAAAUAAUAAAAAAAAAUUAAAAUCUAAAGUAA